CAUGAACAUAGAAUGAACAUGGAAAAGUCGUCACAUUGACAUUGUUGCGCGUGCUUCACCAUUUAUAAUCAAUCACUCUUAGUAGAUGCAUUUGCAUUGACUGCGGACAAAAAAAUCCGAAGUCAAGGACGUGCAGCACGGAGAAACUACUAUUUAUUUGAGGAUGCCGAUGAUUUUUGCUUUGCUUCUGGGUGCCGUCCUCGCCUCAGGCACGGUCGUAAGCAAACGCAAAAAUACUGUGUCGGGCCGCAAAAACAUUUCAGAGAAAAAGCUGAAAGACAAAGACGGCUCCAGGAGGCAAGUGAAGAGAGAGCAGGGACACCAAACCCGGAGGCAGCAAGGCGCGAUGACAGUGAGAAGCAUGAAGAUGAGCAACAAAAACAGCAGGAGCAGGAGCAAGAUACCGCUACCGAAUAGCGGAACCCUCGGCGGGGGCGUUCUUGGUUCUGCCGAGCCAGAUUCGAGCUUUUUCUCCCCGACGCUUCCAGGCGGGGAUGGGCUUGGCGGGGAAUUUGAGGACGCGGCAAUGUAUGCGGACGAGGAGCUCGAGCAAAGCCUCCAAUCGCCCGCGUCUGACGAGUUCGCGCCGAGUCAGCUCACCAGUGGCUUGGUGAGGCUCCACCGCAUUCCGGGAAUAUCCCAGCAAAAGAGCUUUUGUCAGUGCAAGGUGCAACUUCAAUCUUGUCGUUUGCCUUAUUUCAUGUUGAAUCCAAAACAGCUGCAGCUGCACCAUUGACAACAUACACGACGGGUGGAGCAAUUCAUUUAGUUUUAUCCGCGCUGGCAAAAACAAACGUGCCCUGGUUGUGUAUGGCAACUAAGUACAAGUAGCACUAGCUAUCACGACGUGUUCCUUUUGCAUGGAGAUGGACCCUUGCUGGCUCUGUGGCACAUAUAGCAACUGUCCCGGCCUCCGUGCAUGAACAACGUGAUGCCGUUCUAUUACAAUAGUACAGUUACAGCUUUGCACUGGCGUAGUUUUUUGCUUCGAUCCUUUCGAACUGACGUGUACAACAUACCGGCUUCCGCGUCGAAAUCAAGCUUGGUCGAGAAGUUCAAGAAGCAACAAAACCCCCUCAACGCGUACUACGGAGCUCGGGUCGCUGGGAAGGAAGCAGGCGCGACGCCACCGAAGUCGAAGCAGCAGCGAGAAGCAGAUGCGAUCGAGGCCAGGAAUCGGGGGGAAGACGCGUUUCUCACGGACGCCAGUCGCGCAGAGGAUGAGAAAGACAUGGAUUUUCUCACAGACACGGAGCUCGUCACGACAAACAGCCUGCACACGAAUCCCGAGACCCUCAACGAGGUUGCGCAGGGCAUCAGCGUCACCACCGGGCUUCCCGGCAAAAGCGGAAGCGCCAUAACGAGGAACUUUCUGGCCACGAAGCAGGCGCAAUCGCCGCACAGCGUGCUGCUGGUGAAUGGUAAGACAGAAACGGAUGGCGUGGACGAUCUCGCGCAUGAGUACGCAGAGCAGCGACAGCUAGAAGCGGAGAUCUUCGGCGACUACGGCAGUCAAUCUCCACCCGGGACCGCACCCACUCCGCGCGCGCUAGACAUGCAGCUGAUGGCCAAGAAGAAAUUCCAACAAUCGCGCAUGGAGCAGAAGAGAAAUCCCACCGCCGUGAACAUGAGCGGAACCAUAGUUUCCAAUGCAACCGACGUAAACUCGACUCUGCCUGACAACGUCACCUGCGGCAAGAUGUUUGCCUUCGACCACUCGCAAGGCGUGCCCGCGCUGGGGUGGGACAUGAUGGAAAUUGCCUGGAUCUGCGACACCCAACGGGACGCUCAGGGUAACGUGGUGAACGCGUGGUUACACAAGAAGUUUGAGCUGGACAUUGGACCGAUGACGCCCGCUAUGGGCAAAUCAAACGGCAACCCACCUGUCCUUCACGAGUACCUCGGCUGCAGCCUGAACACCACGCGCCACGAUGUGGGCCUCAAUGACUGCGUCACGGGUGGUCACUGCCCGCAGUGCAGCUACGCGACGUGUCCGACAACUGAGCCUGGUGUGGUGAAGAAGCAGUUUUUCCUCGACUGUCGCCAGAACGCCACCACGCCCCUGAAUACGAGUUUCGGACCCCCUCCCGUACCCUGUAUGGACUGUAAAAAUGUCUGGGUCUGGAAACUUGUGAUGCUGGGUGGCGUAUCAUGAAGAUUCCACAAGUGCUGGCUCAGCAUGACAAGCUUUUGAGCUUUUAGGUGUUGCCUAUUCUGCAUGUCAAACUGCGUUUCUGCAUGACAGCAACGUGGGGCUCUUGGGUAACGUGCAUGACAGAUUUAAAGAGCCAUGCCAGACUAGCAUGACAGAGCUCGCAUUCUUCCAGACCCAGACACUUUUACAUUUGAUACCCUACCCACUGCAGCAACACUCGGGCUAAUGUGCCAUCCUUUGAACAAGCCUUCAAAUCAGAGACGCUAGAAAACGUCGCAAUGACGAUCCAAUUUAUGGAGGCACGUGAACAUUUUUAUUGCUGCAGGGGGCGGGUUUGUAAGAUAUUUUUUCGUGGUUUUCGCAAUUGAUUAUUUAAGUGUUUUUCAAAUCAUCUUGAAGUAUAGAGAGUCGAGUUCACGAUGCACCAAACCCGGUACAGAGGACGAGCCAAGUAUUCAAGAAGAAAAAAGCAAAAAGAUCAUCUUGAGGUACCAAGGCAUCUCUCACUCAAGGACCGACCGCAAAUGAAACAGAAGAUGGAGCAGCAAUUGUAGUGCCAUUGCUGGCUGAGGCUGUCUGCAUGAUCGAAAGCGCAACACAUUCUGGCCAUGCGCUGACACAGUCAGCCGAACGCAAAACAUGUUGCUGGGCACUAAGUACAACUCAGCCCUAUUGUAAAAUCACUCUGCUGGGUUUGCUGGUUAAAUCAGAAUUGAGAAAAAAAUGAGGAUGUGGAUUUCCAUGAGUGGGCACUUAAUACGACCACAAGUACUAUAUCCAGAAAAU